UUCUUGAGCUGCUUCAAGAAGUCAAAUCCCAAGACCAACCAGUUGUCUAACUCCCUCAAUAUUUAAAUCCCCAAUUCUAUCUAUAACAGAUUGAUUAUUUAGGCUUAUCCAUCUAUUUCUCUGAACUCCUCUACCUCUCUGUGUUUAUAUCUUCUAUAAAUUAACAAAACAACACAAAACCAAGAUUAAGAGAAUGGAAUUGUUUUAUCAUCAGUUAACUAAGUCUUUCUAUGGUGAUUCUCUCAAAGUCUUGGAGGCCGAUGUUCAGCACGCUAAUUCUUUGGCAGCUGCAAUUCCAAGAGCUAAAGAUGGAGCAUAUCUUCAGAUGAAACUGGCGUAUGAUCAUAUAGCACCGCUUUACUUGUAUUUGCUUCAAUGGAUGGAUUAUACUUGUACAUGUUUACUUCCAAGAUAUUCCAGUCUCUUCCGUAUACUCAUAUACAAGGUAUAUCCAGAUGGAAGGGUGAACAUGUCUUCUUCUGGAAGGACAGCAAGUGUUAUGGAAUUUUACGCUGUGGUGCUACCUUCUCUUGAGCAACUGCAAGGUAAUUUGACGGAGCUAGAUACUACAAUGGAGAAAGGUAGGUCUGUUGAGAUGUUUGGGAGAAUGAGUAGGUUGGAAGAGAGAAGGAAGCUCUCCGACAUCGAUGUAGAGAGAGAAACUGAAUGUGGGAUUUGUAUGGAACCUUGUGCUAAAAUGGUCUUGCCUAAUUGCUGCCAUUCUAUGUGUAUUAAAUGCUACCGCGACUGGAAUACUAGAUCAGAAUCAUGCCCUUUUUGUCGGGGCAGCCUAAAGAGAGUCAGUUCAAGAGAUUUAUGGGUUCUUACGGCCAAUGAUGAUUUUGUUGAUUCAGAAACUGUAGCUAAAGAGGAAUUAUCGCGUCUCUACUACUACGUUCAUAAUCUGCCUCGAGAUGUAACAGAUGGACUUUACAUGAGGUAUUACGAAUAUCUUAUUUAAUCAGAUUUGGGUUUGAAAGAUGAUGUAUAGGAAAGAGGCUAAUAACCAAUAUGUAUAUAAGAGUCAUAUGCCAAGUACUUGUUCGACAUGGUUCUUACAAGUAAUAGUCAGAAUCCAUGUUACAGUUGCGUAGAUUAGCGUAAAGGCUUCAUGUAGAAACACUCCAAGAGUAAAUAAUUGUCGAAAUUACUUCGAUUUCUGUCAAUGCAUCUUUUCUCUGUUCAA